AUGGAUAAAUUUCCCGGUAAUCCCAAAGCCGCCGAAAAUGUUUAUAAAGAGGCGAUUUUAAAGGGCGAAAGUAUUGUCGGCGAAGAUUUUACUAGAACCGAGGAAGACCAAAUAAAUAAAGCUAAAACUCCGGAACAAAUUGAAGAAGUUUUAAAAUCUAUUCCCGAAGAACUAUUGGUAAUGGGCAAAGAAUACGAACAAACUACGACUCAUUUAGAAACUUUAAAACACUUAGCCGAAGAAGUGGAUAAAGUGCAUGAAUUUAUUGUUAAGCGAAUCGAAACUGAAACUAAUUUAAACAAUUUUCCUGAUGAUGAGGAAAUUAAAGCUGCUUAUAAUGAAAAGAAAGUCCCUGAUACGCGAAGUUGGGGAGAAGUAGGCAAGAUUAGAGAUAAUAAAAUAAAAACCUUAUUUAAACAAUAUUUCCAAGGAAAUAAACCAGUUGAGGGCUUAAAUGAUAACGCGAUAGAUUUCAAAAUUAACUACCAAGGGAUUGCCGGCAUUGAAGUUUCAAAGAUUAAUAAAAAAGAUAUUGAUGCGGAAAUAGCCAAAGUGGAUGCUUUGGUUAAACAAAUUAAUACUUAUCAAUAUUUAAGAGAUUUAGAUGCUAACCAAGCCAGUAUUGAUAAACAGUUCCAAGAACUAAAAACUAACCUUUUACCACCCACUAAACCCCAAGCAGUUAGCGAAGCAAUUCAAAAACAACGAAGCAAGUUGUAUUAUUCUUUAACUGACCCUAAGGAUGGUGGAAUUGAGGAGGCUACUUUAAAACAAUUAGCCGCCAAUUUACAAAAUACUUGA